CUCCCGCUGCUCUCGGUGCAUCAUCCCCAGGAUCAGCGCGUGCACAGAGCGGAGGACAUGCGGCUCUCCCGGGCCCCCCCGCCGCCCGCCCGUCCGGGUGACCCCUCCGUGCUCCGGGCACUGUGAUCUCACCCGCUGCGCCCGGGACGAUGUGGACCCCAACGGAGGAGGAGAAAUACGGAGUGGUCAUAUCGAAUUUCCGUGGGUCAGUCCUUCAAGGGUUAACUCUGGAACUGGGAGAAACUGUGCAUAUCCUGGAGAAAUGUGAUGGUUGGUACCGAGGAUCCUCUAUCAAAAACCCCAAGGCAAAGGGCAUCUUCCCGGCCAAUAUCAUCCACCUGAAGAAGGCUACAGUCAGCAACAGAGGGCAGUAUGAGACCGUGGUUCCUGUGGAAGACCCUCUCGUCACAGAGGUGACGUCCACGCUGCAAGAAUGGGCGUCUCUGUGGAAGCAGCUGUACGUGAAGCACAAGGUGGACCUCUUCUACAAGCUGCGGCAUGUGAUGAACGAGGUGAUUGACCUGCGCAGGCAGCUGCUGUCCGGCCACCUCACCCAGGACCAGGUGCGAGAGGUCAAGAGGCAUGUGACCGUGCGGCUGGACUGGGGCAAUGAACACCUGGGUUUGGACUUGGUUCCCCGCAAGGAGUUUGAAGCCGUAGAUUCCGACAAGAUCAGCGUCUCUGACCUAUACAAGAUGCAUCUGUCAAGUCGACACAGCGUACAGCAGAGCACGAAUCAGGUGGAUACCCUAAGGCAGAGGCACAAGGAACCUCGCGCCCCGGUCCCUCAUCACCUGCUCCUCAAUCUGAAGAGCUUCACACACAGCAACAUCGGGGAGGACGUGGACCUCUUCUUCUCACUGUACGACAUGAGGGAGGCUCGUCAGAUCAGUGAGAGGUUCAUGGUCCGACUCAACAAGAACGGAGGCCCCAGGAACCCGGAGAAGCUGGAGCGGCUCAGCGCCCUCUUCACCGAUUUGAGCAGUAAGGAUGUGAAGCGCGACCUCCACCUUGUCGUCCAUGUAAUCAGGAUAGGGCGAAUGCUUCUAAACGACUCCCGGAAAGGUCCGUCUCACAUCCAUUACCGGAGACCCUACGGAUGCGCUGUGCUGAGCCUGGGGGAAGUGCUGCCGGCGCUGUGCGAACAUCGGGACGAGAAGGACUUUGUCAUGAAGGUCUAUAUGUGUAAUAAUGAGAAUGAAUGGUACCAGAUCCACGAGAACAUCAUCCGGAAGACCAGCACCAAGUACUCCACACCCAGCUCCAACUAUGGUCUCAUCGUGUCGUUACAACUCCUGCGAGGGGACAUGGAGCAGAUCCGCCGAGAAAACCAGCUGCUGUUUAACAGAGGGGCGGCCGUCACCCGCAAACUGGGGUUCCCUGAUGUCAUCAUGCCAGGGGAUGUGCGCAAUGACCUCUAUGUGACUCUGGAGAGGGGCGACUUUGAGAGAGGAGGGAAGAGCGUGCAGAAGAACAUCGAGGUCACCAUGCACGUGCUCUACGCUGACGGAGAGAACCUGAGGGACUGUGUCAGCCUGGGCACCGGGGAGCCCCCGCGUACGCAGUACCACUCAUUCGUCCUUUACCACAGCAACAGCCCCCGGUGGGGGGAGCUUGUAAAACUGCCGAUCCCUAUUGACCGAUUCCGGGGUUCCCAUCUACGCUUCGAGUUCCGGCAUUGCUCCACAAAGGACAAAGGGGAGAAGAAGCUCUUUGGUUUUUCCUUCACUCCACUGAUGAGAGACGACGGGACGACACUGUCCGAUGACAUCCACGAGCUUUACGUCUACAAGUGUGAUGAGAACAGCACCUUCAAUAACCAUGCGCUCUACCUGGGGCUACCCUGCUGCAAAGAAGACCAGAGCGGCUGCCCCAACAUCCCAUCUAGCCUCAUAUUUCAGCGCAGCCCAAAGGAGACGUUCUGCAUCUCAACACAGCUCUCCUCAACCAAGCUCACACAGAAUGUUGACCUUCUGGCUCUUCUGAAGUGGAAAGCAUACCCAGAUCGCAUCCUGGACAUUCUUGGCCGCCUGCGGCAUGUGAGCGGGGAGGAGAUAGUGAAGUUUCUGCAGGAUAUCCUGGACACACUCUUUGUCAUCCUGGAUGAUAACACAGAGAAGUAUGGACUCCUCGUCUUCCAGUCCCUGGUCUUCAUCAUUAAUCUGCUGCGGGACAGUAAAUAUUUCCACUUCCGGCCGGUGCUGGACACGUACAUACAGAAGCAUUUUGCUGGAGCCCUGGCCUACAGGGAGCUGAUCCGAUGCCUGAAGUGGUACAUGGAGCGGUCAGCGGACCUCGUGAGGCAGGACCACAUCCAGGAGGCCAUGAGGGCGCUGGAGAAUCUCUUUAAGUUCAUCGUCCAGUCUCGACUGCUCUUUGCUCGCUCCACAGGCGGCCUGGAGGAAGAGCAGUUCCGCUGCAGCAUCCAUGAGUUGUUCCAGUCGAUGCGGUUUGUGCUGAGUUUGGACACACGGAGCUCGGAUACGCUGCUGUUCACACAGCAUCCAGCGGCUGGAGGACAGGUGAGCGGAACGGGGGAGUCCGAUUCCCAAAAGACUGCGGGCUCCACAAGCCCACCAACAGUCUGCUGCGCCGCCCUCCUCAGCUCCUUUCCCGCCAUCUUUGAGGAGUUGCUGGCCAUGUUCUCGGUGACGGAGGUGGCGGAGUUUGUGCGCGGCACGCUCAGCAGUCUGCCCAGCACCCUGCACCUGGGCCAGUCCAUGGACGUGGUGAAGUUACAGUCAAUUGGGCGGACGGUGGAUUGCCGGCUCUUCUCAUACCCAGAGGCUCGCCGCAUUCUCCUGCCCGUUGUGCUGCACCACAUCCACCUCCACCUGCGCCAGCAGAAGGAGCUCCUGGUCUGCUCUGGGAUACUCAGCAGCAUUUUCUCUAUCAUCAAAAGCAGCUCCACGGAGGUGGACGUGGGGGAGGAGGUGCAGAUGUUGCAGGAGAGUCUGCUGGACGUCCUGCUGCAGACGCUGCUCAUUAUAAUGAGUAAAUCUCAGUCCCAGGAGGCGGUAAGAGGCCAGCGCUGCCCGCAGUGUACAGCCGAGAUCACUGGGGAGUAUGUGUCCUGUCUCCUUUCUCUGCUGCGCCUGAUGUCCGACACUCACUACCAGCAUCUGCUGCACAACUUCCAGAGCAAAGAGGAGCUCAAGGAAUUCCUGCUCAAAAUUUUCUGUGUCUUUCGGAACUUGCUGAAGCUGAGCGUCUUCCCUCCAGACUGGACGGUGAUGAGACUACUGGCCAGCAACAUCAUUGUAACGACCGUUCAGUACGUGUGCCCCGCCGUGCACAAGAAUUUCUGUGAAGAGGAUUUUGACUUUAAGAUGUGGAACUCGUAUUUCAGCCUGGCCGUCCUGUUCAUUAACCAGCCCAGUCUGCAGCUGGAGAACUUCGCAGCAGGGAAGAGGCGGAGGAUCCUGGAUAAGUACGGUGAUAUGCGGGUCAUGAUGACGUACGAGCUGUUUAACAUGUGGCAGAACCUGGGGGAGCACAAGUACCACUUCAUACCCGGCAUGAUCGGCCCCUUCCUGGGCGUGUCGCUGGUCCCGCAGCCGGAGGUGCGCAACAUCAUGAUCCCCAUCUUUCACGACAUGAUGGACUGUGAACAGCGGCGCAACGGGAACUUCAAGCAGGUGGAGGCCGAGCUCAUCGAUAAACUGGACUCCUUGGUAUCCGAGGGGAAAGGCGACGAAAAUUACCGGGAACUCUUCAGCCUCCUUUUGUUGGAGAAGAUUGAGCAGGAGACGUGGCGAGAGCCGGGCGCCUCCUUCGUGACGUCGGUAACGCGCCUCAUGGAGAGACUGCUGGACUACAGGGACUGUAUGAAAGGUGAAGAGACCGAGAAUAAGAAGAUCGGCUGCACGGUGAAUCUGAUGAAUUUCUACAAAUCUGAAAUCAAUAAGGAGGAGAUGUACAUCAGAUACAUCCACAAGCUGUGCGACCUGCAUCUACAGGCCGAGAGCUACACAGAAGCCGCCUUCACGCUGCUCCUGUACUGGGAGACGCUGCAGUGGGAAGAUCGCUCCCUACGGGAGCUCCUCCAUUAUCCCACCCAGAGCGAGUGGCAGAGGAAAGAAAGUCUGAGCCGCAAAAUCAUCCACUACUUCAACAAGGGCAAGUGCUGGGAGUACGGGAUUCCUCUGUGCAGGGAGCUGGCGGCUCAGUACGAGAAGCUGUAUGAUUACCAGAGCCUGAGCUGGAUCCUGAAAAUGGAGGCCUCGUACUACGAUCACAUCAUGGACCAGCAGAGACUGGAGCCCGAGUUUUUCCGAGUGGGGUUUUAUGGAAAGAAGUUUCCGUUUUUCUUGCGGAAUAAAGAGUUUGUGUGCCGGGGCCACGACUACGAGCGGCUGGAGGCCUUCCAGCAGAGGAUGCUGAGCGAGUUCCCGCAGGCCAUCGCCAUGCAGCAUCUCAACCAUCCCGACGACACCAUCCUGCAGAGCGACUCUCAGUACCUGCAGAUUUAUGCAGUCACCCCUCUGCCGGACACCCCAAAAGUAUUAAACAUGGACCAGGUCCCCGAGAGGAUAAAGAGCUUCUACAGAGUAAACAACGUCCGCAGGUUCCGCUACGACCGACCGUUCCACCGAGGAGCCCGCGAUAAGGACAAUGAGUUUAAGAGUCUCUGGAUAGAGCGCAGCACUCUCACACUGUCUCACAGCCUCCCAGGAAUCUCCUGUUGGUUUGAAGUCCAGAAGCGAGAGCUGGUGGAGGUCAGCCCCCUGGAGAACGCUCUGCAGGUUCUGGGGAACAAGACUCAGGAGUUGCGAGCGCUGAUCACUCAGUAUCAGCACCACAAUCUGCACGGGAACAUCAACCUCCUGAGUAUGUGUCUGAACGGAGUCAUUGACGCUGCCGUGAACGGAGGGAUCACCCGAUACCAAGAGGCGUUUUUUGAUAAGGAUUACAUCACGCAGCACCCGGAGGAUGCAGACAAGAUCAGUCAGCUGAAGGAACUCAUGCUGGAGCAGGUGCAUGUCCUGGGAGUGGGUCUGGCCGUCCAUGAGCGCUGCGUUCACCCGGAGAUGAGACCUCUUCACAAGAAGCUGGUGGAUCAGUUCCAGGUCAUGCGCUCCAGUCUGUACCAGGAGUUCCCCAUGCUGGAGAAGAUGAAUCCGUCCUGUGCAGCCGUACCGCGCAGUAACGUCCUGCUGUCACACGGGGCCAUGAAUAACGACAGCUUGAGGAUGGUGCACCGGCACAGCCCUCUGGUUGUCCUGAGUUCUGUCCGCCAUUCCUCCUCCUCUCUCUCGUCACACGCCUCCAGCGACACUGGGACCACGACCACCGCUGUGGACAGCGAGACGGAGGACCCCUACAGCAUGCAGAUGCUGCUCCCACAUUCCCUCCACGCCGGAUCCAUCACCAACGUUUCUGCAUUAUCCUCCUCGUACACAAGCCCCUCCUCCUCCAGCCUCAGCUCCACCCACUCUGCGCCAUCACAGCUCAUCAACUCUGCUCCAUCCAGCACACGAGGAUCCCCCUCCCUUCCGGAUAAAUACCGACAUUCACGUGACAUGGUGAUGCUGCUGCCUGCUCCGCGGGACCGGCCCAGCAGCGCCAUGUACCCGACCGGCCCAGAGAGCGGACAGCGCUGCGUCUACCCCCGGGCUCUGUUCCAGCAGGUCCUCGGACCAUGCAAGCCGUGCAGUGACCCCAAUCUCUCUGUAGCCGACAAAGUCCUGGCAGCUCCCAGCAGUUGGAGUUUGGACAGUGGAACUAGAGAGUCUCUUCCGUUCCUCAGUUCUCAUGUUGGAAGCGUCCUAACACCGACGGGCACCACGAGAGGCCUGACACAGGGCCAUUACUCUCUGCACUUUGAUGCAUUUCACUCCUCUAUGGGGGAUGGGGGUCCCGCAUUACCCAGCAGAUCCCUUCGCAAGAGCCCGCUGCACACUAUCCCGGCCUCGCCCACCAGCCCCCAGUCCUGUCUUGACGGCAGUAACUCUCCGCUCUCGGGCAGCGCCAGCAGUGGAGUUUCCUCCCUGAGUGAAGGCACCUUCCCCGGCUGUCCUGAUGGGACUCCCAACACAGACUCCCGGACGGAGGAGCAGCAGAGCGGAUGCUAUCAGCACUACCCCCCUGUGCGGUACAGCCUAUCUGACCCCAACGGGCUGGAAGCCCCAAAGGUCCAACCUUGUCGAAGCCACUCAGCCCCCAGUGGGGUCACUCCACCCCGAUCACCCAGCGGUGAGCAUGACGAGGGAAAUGCAGAGCACAACCGGCUACGGAGGUCCAGGAGGAACUGCCACAUGGGCAAAGAGCAGGCAGCACGGGUCGGAUGGGAUCAUAACAUGGGCAAACCGUAGUCAUGGACUGAUGUGAAGGAGCCUGGGGGGCAAGAAGGAGGCGGGGGGGCUGUGCAUGGUGUGCGCAUGGAGGGGCAGGUGCCGUCAGUGAGGCCUGAUGUCCGUGGGUCAGGAAGAGGAGACACCAGUGUGAACGGAGUAUAGGGUAUGGGGAAAAUAUAAGUGUGAGGGGUCAGUGUAUGGGGAAAAUAUAAGGGUGAUGGGUCAGCUUA